AUGUCGGCCCUGAGGCGCUCGGGCUGCGGCCCCAGUGACGGGCCGUCCUAUGGCCGCUACUACGGGCUCGGGGGUGGCGACGUGCCGGUGCACGCGGCCCCUCCGCCCUUGUAUCCUCCGGGGCGGCCCGAGCCGCCUCAGCCUCCCGUUUCCUGGCGAGGGCGCGGGGGCGGCCCGGGGGAGACCCCUUGGCCUGGGGAAAGCGGAGGAGGCGAUGGCUACUACUCCACGACGGGCGGCUGGCCGGACUCGGGGCGGGCCGGAGGAAGCCACCAGGAGCAGCCACAGUAUCCUAGCUACAACUCGAACUAUUGGAAUUCUGCUGCACGCCCUAGGGCUCCUUACCCAAGUACAUAUCCUGUAAGACCAGAAUUGCAAGGCCAGAGUUUGAAUUCUUACACAAAUGGAGCAUAUGGUCCACCGUACCCUCCUGGGCCUGUGGCAAAUACUGCCUCCUACGCUGGGGCUUAUUACAGCCCCGGCUACACCCAGGCCAGCUACUCCACAGAGCUUCCAAGCACUUACCGGUCACCUGGCAGCAGCCCGUCCCCUGUCUCGCGGUGGAUGUAUCCCCAGCAGGACUGUCCCACUGAAGCAACCACUCUGCGGGGGCAGGUUCCCGGGUACCCUACUACUCAGAACCCCGGAAUGACUCUGCCCCACUAUGCUUAUGGGGAUGGUAAUCGUAGUGCUCCACAGUCGCUCCCGAGCGUCCGGCCACAGGAGGAUGCCUGGGCCUCUCCGGGGGCUUACGGCAUGGGUGCCCGUCACCCCUGGCCUUCUUCAGCUGUGCCCACAGCACCACCUGGGCAUCUCUACAUGACUGAAAAUGCUUCACCAUGGCCUAGCAGUGGCUCUCCUCAGCCACCUCCUUCUCCUCCCCCUCAGCAGCCCAAGGAUUCCUGUUUCCCCUAUAGCCAGUCCGAUCAUGGCGUGAACCGGCACAGCUUUCCUUGCAGCGUCCAUCAUCAGUACGACUCCUCCGGGACAGUGAACAGUGACAAUUCAGACCUUUUGGAUUCGCAAGUCCAAUAUAGUGCCGAGCCUCAGAUGUACGGCGGUGCCCCCCAUGAACAUCUCAGCAGUCAAGAUCAAGGUCAGAAACUGCCUGAAGGGUCUUUAUCUUCAGAUGAAGGUACUCCCCCGAGUAUCAAAAAAAUCAUCCAUGUGCUGGAGAAAGUCCAGUAUCUUGAGCAAGAAGUCGAAGAGUUUGUUGGAAAAAAGACAGACAAAGCGUACUGGCUUCUGGAAGAAAUGUUGACCAAGGAACUUUUGGAACUGGAUUCAGUUGAGACUGGGGGCCAGGACUCCAUUCGGCAGGCCAGGAAAGAAGCUGUGUGUAAGAUCCAGGCCAUACUGGAAAAAUUGGAGAAGAAAGGAUUAUGAAAGAAUUUAGGGUAGAGUGGAAGCCUGUUGCUAAUUUAACCAAAGAACUCCGGAUUUUGGUUACUACACACCGUCUUCGACAUGCCUGUCAGUGACAAGGAGCAACGUGUCCCAGCUUUCGUGUGACGGGAAACUUGAAAAACUGGCAAAGGAAUGGAAGAAUAUUUAGUUAGGAGUUGUUUUCCUU